ACCAAACAGAGUCGCCGUUGCCUAGCAACAAAAGCACAACAAGCUCGCUCGUAGGCUAACUCGUGCCUUAAAACUCGCUGCAAGACACUCACGGUUGUUUGUUUGGCGAGGAGCUUGUGCUCUCCCCGAGCCUCCACCGAAGUCCUCCCGGGACACGAUGAGCGCCGGACGGCCGUCAGAAGGUGCGGGCUGCAUCAACUGGUGGGGCUUCAGCCCAGCUCGAGACCUCAUCAGUGCAGGCCCCGCGAGACACGAAGGGGAAGUCAACGUCUUACUGGUCGGCAGCGGAGACCCGAGACAUGUCCUGAAGACCUUGUCGGGUCUGAAGGACGAGGACAUCCUCAACGUAUGGCUGUUUGAAAACAGCAUGGAGGUGGUCGCCAGACAGAUGCUGCUGCUUUACGUGGCCCUGACCCCCCAAGAAAGGAUGGGACUUAACGAAAAGACCGAGCUCUUCCUGGAGGUGUUCGGCAACAGCGUGAUCCGCAGUCAGACGGCCGAGACCCUGAAACGCGCGGCAUCGCAGCUUUUGCUCCACGUCAGCGACAUCCCAGGGUCCGACGCGCACCCCUGCCUCAAUGCGUCUCUUCUUAAGUUUAAGGAGCGGGACGAGCUGGCCGGGAUUUUUAAAUCCUGGAUGGGGGGCUCUUCCUCGGAUGCGCCCGUCUCCAUUUCCAAAGCUUGGGAUUACCGGGUCAGGCAGCACCUUGGGACACGCUACGACUCCAAGAAAGGCUGUUUUGACUGGGACCUUACUAUGAAGCUACAUGAGAAGGGGUGCAGCGUCAUUAACAAGCAUCAGUAUGUCCGGUGGAGGGAGAGCGGCCUGGCCUUUGAGCUGAGGGAAGGCGUCUACCAAAUAAGCAACCCCAGCUUGCUGUCCUCUCGGGUUUUCAAUCAGAGAGGCGACAGAGUGGCGCUCAGGGGGUACUGGGGGGACAUUGUGUCCAGUCCUUACCUGGCCUUCGGCAUCGAGACUCAAGACGAGAGCUUGCUCAAGACACAGAACGGCCACCACAUGAAGACGGCACAGGACAUUUCCUUUGCGAACGUGCAGGAGUUGGUCCAAUCUCUGUCCAGGAGACAAGAAUGCCACGAGACUCAUCAGUCAAGCACAGAGGAGGAGGAACACGCAGCCUCAACUCUUGAGCACUCCAUGUCAGUCAACGACCUGAUGCGUCUCAAAGGGCUCUCUGUCAACUUUCUGCCUCUGGAUUCCCUCCAGAAAAUGCCAGAAAAAGAGAAAUUUGCCCAUUUCUACCACAUCGUCCACUUCUCGGCCAGCUGCGUGCACCGCUUGGGCCCGAAUAUCCGGCAGAUUACAACGCCAGACGCCGUGCUCAUCGUGGAGUUGGCCAAGUACAUAUUGGACCUGACUAAAGAGCAAGAAGCCGCUUUUGCCGAGCGAGUGUGCGGCUUGUGCCUGGAAGCCGGAUUUCUACCAUUGUCUGGAGCGAAGACUGAUGACAUUCACGCUCUUUUUCAAGCUCGUCAGGACAAGUGA